AUGCUCUCCACGUGCGUUGCCAACGUGUAUUUGAGCAGUAGAGGCUUUCUAAUUGCCAAGAUACCUGUGAAUAACUCACGAAAGGGAGGUUCGAUGGUCGAGUCGAGACAGCGGAUCAGUCAGCAAUACGAUGGUCACACCAACUUUAUCGAUAAGACUGAUGCGACUCGCCAUGCUUCAUUGGGCCAGCCGCCAUCACGCUGCGACACCUACGUCACGAUAAGCCCCUCCAAUUUAGUUCCCCCAACGGGUGCCGCAUUCCAGCAGUGUUUGAGAACCAUCAUGUCUCCUGUGUUAGUCGUUGGCGGCACGCGAGGCCUCGGGGCGUCCCUCGUCAAACAGUAUGCCGCUGACGCGGGCAACACCGUCUACGGCACCACGCGUUCCGAAGAAGGACCCGAAGGCUUCCCCGAUGCCGUAAAGUGGCUCCCAGGUAUCGACUUGAUGGACGAGAAUGUCGGCAAGACCCUAGUCAGUGUGCUCGGUGGUUCGAAGCCGCUCUCGACGGUGAUCAUCACGGCAGGCUACUUCGCGACGGAGGACUUCAGCACCGAAAAGGGUCCGAACUGGGCCGAGGAGCAGCGCAUGUACACAACGAGCUCCAUCGCCCCGGUCUUCAUCGUCCACGCGCUCGCGCACGCCGGUCUUCUCCAAAAGGACUCCAAGGUUGUGCUCGUCUCGUCCGAGUCCGGGAGCAUCACCCUCCGACACGAGAAGGAGGGCGGCGGCAACUAUGCCCACCACGCAUCCAAGGCCGCAUUGAACAUGGUGGGCAAGCUGUUGAGUCUCGAUUUGAAGGACAAGGGCGUCAUCAUCAGUAUCGUGCACCCGGGUUUCAUGCGUACUGAGAUGACCAAAGGCGUGGGAUUCGACAAGUACUGGGACGAUGGCGGUGCCGUCACCCCCGACGAAGCCGCCGAAAGUCUCAUCAAAUGGACAACAAAGCUCGACAUUUCCAAGACGGGCGAGUACUGGGCGCCGAGAGGUCCGCGUGACAUCGGUACGGCUGAACCGGUUCUUGGCAAAGAGCUCUCAACACCGCUCCAUCUCCCUUGGUGA